CGGCCCUCGGCGCGGGUCAGGCUCUCGGCUAACCUACCUGAGGGGAAGCGAAAGGAAAGGCGCCAUCUGCAGCGUGACCCGAGACGAGGGGCGUCCUCGGCUAACUGCAACAAGGUUAAUAGUGUUGCAGCGCCAUCUGCGACGGCCCUCGGCGCGGGUCAUGCUCUCGGCUAACCUGGAGGACAGUACAAGGAUUCUUGAUCCUUUAAUAUCAUGCACAAAUGGGAGAAUGAAAAAAUUGCGACUACGUCGUAAAAAAGUCUAAACACCGCAUCAGAAUUGGCGGCGCUGAGGAGUUUGUUUCGUUGGUAGAACACAAUACCGUUUAUCAGAUCACAUCAAACUAGAACAGAUCAAAAGAUUUUUUCCUAAAAAUCUGAAUUUAAAUUUUUAUUUCUCAUGCAUAUUUUUUUUUCUUUUUCUAUUUUUUUUCUCUUUUCUCAGGGUCUCCGAGGAGGAUUCCUCGGGGUCAAUACCGUUCAUCACCUCUGGAUCCUCGUGGAGGAAUUCCAGCGGACCUCCGGCUCCAGCAGCGUCCUCCUCGGGAGCUUCCCCUUCCCCUUCGAGAUCUCCGAGGAGGGAUUCCUUGGGGUCAGCGCCGUCCUCCUCUGGAUCUCCGAGGAGGAAUUCCUCGGGGUCGGUGGCGUCCUCCUCGAGAUCUCCGAGGAGGGAUUCCUCGGAGUCAUUGGCGUGUACCUCUUCUACGAAUUCCUCGAAGCCAGUGACGUCCUGCUCGAGAUCUACGAGGAGGGAUUCCUCGGAGUCAUUGGCGUGUACCUCUUCUACGAAUUCCUCGAAGCCAGUGACGUCCUGCUCGAGAUCUUCGAGGAGGGAUUCCUCGGGGUCAGCGUCGUCGUCCUCGGGAUCAUCGAGGAGGAGAUCUUGCUGUACGACCACGUCCUAACCGGGAUCUUCGAGGAGGUUUUCCUCGCGGACAGUGGCGACGUCAAGGGCCCUGGGGUCAGCGUCGUCGUCCUCGGGAUCAUCGAGGAGGAGAUCUUGCUGUACGACCACGUCCUAACCGGGAUCUUCGAGGAGGUUUUCCUCGCGGACAGUGGCGACGUCAAGGGCCCUGGGGUCAGCGUCGUCGUGCUCGGGAUCUACGAGGAGGGAUUCCUCGGAGUCAUUGGCGUGUACCUCUUCUACGAAUUCCUCGAAGCCAGUGACGUCCUGCUCGAGAUCUUCGAGGAGGGAUUCCUCGGGGUCAGCGUCGUCGUGCUCUGGAUCUCCGAGGAGGAAUUCCUCGGGGUCGGUGGCGUCCACCUCUGGAUCUUCGUGGAGGAAUUCCAGCGGACCUCCGGCUCCCUCUGUGUCCUCCUCGGGAGCUUCCCCUUCUGGAGGGGGCUACGGCAUCGGCGCUGAGGAAGGCCACUGGCAGGCACGUCCCCAGGGGUCAGCGGCGUCGUCCUCGGGAUCAUCGAGGAGGAGAUCUUGCUGUACGACCACGUCCUAACCGGGAUCUUCGAGGAGGUUUUCCUCGCGGACAGUGGCGACGUCAAGGC